GGCUCUCUGGCGGGGGAGGACGGGGAGGAGGCGCAGUUGCAAAGGUGGCUUUCGAGGAUGCCACCUUCUAGUCCGGAAGUGGCAGGUCACCACUUGAGCAGCCCCCGUUCCUCUCCCGCUGAUCCUUUCUCGACGAACCCGAAAGCAGGCCCGUCAAGCACACCGUCGAUACACACGCGCAGCGCAGGCAGCAAGCGGCGGCAGCAACCAGUCGCUCAAUUUCUAUUCCCGAAGUCCGGCCACAAGAGCCACGUGAAGGACCCCCACUCUCGCUCGACUGCCGCUGCCAAAGAUGGUUCCUUUUCCGCCAGCAAACGCUCCUCCUCCUCCUCGCGCUCUGAGGCCGACGUUACUCAUGCGCAUGAAGCCCCGCUUCCUCAUCCUCCUCGACGCUACACCACCGCCGAUGUUCGGGGAAUUCUCUCGACUGCUUAUCCUGGCAGAGCGAGGCAAGUGGACGAGCUCUUAGGACUUAUUGGCGAGCCCGGUGAUCCGACGGCUCCUAUUCUCGUCUAUGGCGGGGCGGCCACGGGGAAGACGACUCUCGUGCGCGACACCAUGCGCCUGCUUGCCCGACCUCAUGCUUUCGUGAGUUGCCGAUCUUCGUAUAAUGCCCGCCUGUUGUUUGAGUCUGUACUUAAUCAGUUGCUCGGUCACGUGCGGUGUUCCGCCAAUGGAUUUGCGAGUGCUAAGCGCUGCGACAAGAUAUCGGACUUCGUGGCCGAACUUCCGUCCGCCUGUGCCGUCGCUAUUGCGCGGAAUCGCCGCCCCUCUUCGGGUCCAGCUAAUGCCGCUCCUGCUCUCCCACCCGCUCUUCCCGCGCCCGAUUCCACGAGCGGGAAUGGCAGUGAUGAUCCAGUGGCAGCGACAGCCACCACCUCUUCUCGUCCGUCCUCCCCACCUGUGGCUGCCGCUGAUGCUCCGUCCCCGAGCUUAUCGCUCGACUUCGACGACCAGGGAAGCCGCCCACCUGAAAACUCUUCGGGAGAUGCCGAAGGAGAUCCCCCUCUCACUCAGCACAGUUCGGCAGACGCUCCCACUGCCACGUCGUCAAAUCCCCCAUUGUCGUCCGUGACAGCUGCCGAUCACUACUCUGCCAACGUCCGUGGUAGCAGCGCCUCUACAGCGGGCUCUCUUUCUGCCUGCGAUUCCAAAAAGCACCCGUCUCAUAUGCCUUCUCCUCCUCAGUGUGAAUCCGUCUUCUUGGUCUUUGAUAAUGUGGAGGUGCUGCGGAACUGGACAAAUGGACAUGAGGUCAUAUCGGCGCUUCUUCGCUUAUCCGAAUUGGGCAGGCUCCCAAUGUUAGGGGUUAUCCUUAUCAGUAAAGUUGGAUGGGACAGUUUUCGCUCGUGCACAGGAGCGCGGGAUCCUUUACCAGUCUACUUCCCCGACUACAAUGACGAUGAGCUUUGCCAAAUUCUCCUGCAGCGGCAUAACCACUCUUCUUUGUAUUCAUCCUUUCUAAGGGUGCUCAAAGCGGAAGAGAGACAGGAGCUGGCAAUCAAGGAGAAGCGCAUGCGAGGUCCGAGUGCAUUUCCGCUGGAACGGUUGCUGGCAAUCUUUAAGUGCAUUGUGGAAAUGAACCUUGACCAGAAUUCGGUCUGGGGACGGGAGAAUCUGUCUGGCCUUGCUCGAGGGGGGUGUCCAGAAGGCAGGUUAUCUGAUGGAGGGAUGGAGUUGUCGGCCGACGUCUUCAUGCAGAUAUCCACGCUUGUGGCGACAAAUCUGCUCUCCAAAAGUGGUUCCGACCCCUUGGACUCCCGAGCGAACUACCGAUGUAACAUAGAUGAAGACCUGAUCGAAAAGGUGGCCAUGGAUGUCAAGUUCCCUCUUCAUCGAUACUUAUUUUAUGGAUAAUUAUAUACACAGGCUGGGCUGGACUGCUUGCAGGCAUUCCAUC